AUGGCGUCCGCGCUCAACUUUACCAUCGCCAACGGCCAGAUCUUUACUCCGGGUCUGGUUAUCGUUGAUGCCCCUCAGCCGGGCACGCCCCUCGGCGGGGACCUCAUCGAAGUCGCCUUGGACGUGUCCGUCAACGGCAAACUCCAGCUUCCCCCUUACCCCGAGGACAGCUCCAGCAUGAUCCACAAAAUCGACAUCUUUCUGUCCAGCUACAAAACAAUGCACAACUUUACCAUCACCAACGGCACCGCCUCGGCCAAUAACGCCAGCCUGGGCGACAUCAUGUUCCAAGAGCCCGGCAGCACCGUGAAGCACGUCAAGUGGACCUGGCCCGACUGCCUGGUCGGGGACGGCGGUGCAGACAAGGGCUUGGGAGACACCGCUCGGGGGGCGUACAAUGUCUCCAUCCGCCAGUCCUUCCGCCUCAACGGCGAGGACUAUUACACCAUAUUUGACCUACCCAUCUCCGUCACCAACAGCAUCCCCGCCAGCGACAACCGGCCCUCGUGCGCAGAACUGGAUAACCCACUGCUCAGCCCCGAGGAGGUCUUCGAGUCGGCGGAUAACAGUGUGCCGGUCAUGUUUGCGCCGGGCGAUGCGACGACGUUGGAGACCAAUCCUAACGGCGCGGCGAGCUGGAGGGGAGGGAUGGGGUGGAUUGGUGUGGCGGGUCUGGUUGUUGCGUUGGUGAUGUGA